CUUGCGUGUGACAUUUGGGCGUGUUGUGGCAGCGGAUCUGGUGUAUUGAGAGAUCUCACUUUGAUCAGAUGGUGCUUGUCCGUCAAACAGCCUGUCAGCAACAUCCGGGUUUGGUAGCAGCAAACUGAAGCAUCGUCUGCUUAUUGGCUGUUUGCAUUAUCAUCAGGAAGGAUGAUGACAACGCUUCAACAAAAUGAAGUUGGCACACAAAAUGAAAGAAAUCUAAAUAGCUUCUAUAGUAUUCAAGGUAAACAAGAGGAGAAGGGUGAUAGAAGUGAUCGAGGAUCUGAUGAGACUGACCGCGAAGACGCAAUUCUAAACAUACUAGAGACUCCGAGCAUCUCCAACAAAGACCUCAUUUCAUCUACUGCCGAAUUCAAUGGCAAGUUUAAGUUCACAUGGUUCAAGACCUUUCUGAUUCCCUUGGGUCCAUUUACGAUAGUCCUGGCACUUUUCUAUGUGGUCGCCCUUAUGGCGAGAGGCAUCUUCCAGCCUGUUUAUCUCAACUCAAUGCGUUUGACGCGCGCAAUAACGACGAGCAAAGCGAAUGAUGUCACUGAUUACUACGUUGCCGUCUUGUUUCUUGCACUGACACAAUUCGGUAUCACGUUUGUGUGUCUGCUUGUUGUCUACUGUGGGAAUCACCGAGGCAUGAGCCUGCGGCCACCGAUACGUAUACGAGGCCUUGUCACUAUCGGAUUUUUCAACUUCCUUGUAUAUUUAUGUUUCUCUUACGCCAGUUCGCCAGCAAGAACUCCGCCGCAGUUGCAAGCCGUCAUAAUGACGUCCGUUGUACCCUCUGGGGUUCUCGUUCAUCGCGCUUUCUUUAGGGAAUGGGUUUCUCCCGGUAGACUCGUUUGUGCUUUCGUCGUGGUCGUCGGUCUCGUCAUAUCCCUGGAACCUGUCCUGUUCAACAUGACCAUAGCUCAAGAUCCCGUAUGUAGAGAUGGAGUAUUCCCAAAAGAGUCGGAUGAUUGGAAAAUGGUGUGGUGUGGUGUGUUCGCCUUGUCUUCCUUGCCGAGGGCCUUUAGGACAGUCAUUUCGGACAAGGAGAUGAAACUGAGAGGCUUAACAAAUGUUCAUCUACUUGUUCUCAUCGCGUGGAUCAAUUUUGGUAUCGUUGUCUUUGCUCUCUUUUUUGUCUGGAUCGAUCUGCUUCCUUUUCCUGGUGGAACCGCCGACGGCAGUGUGGAGAGGCUCGGGCAAGCGUUACGGCAAGGUUUAGCGUGUUCGUACGGAAUGGCAGUUGGUGAUUACUCCAAUUUUCCCGGGCAAUGCAAGAUGGCGUCGUUGUGGGGAUGGCUCUACGUUUUAUCGAGUUUCUGCGUGUCACUCGGUUUGUUUGGCUUAACCAAAUACUCAGCCAACGCAGUUCAGACCAUCAUAGUCUCAGCCAUUGUGACACCCGUCAGUACUCUCUUUUGGAUGUUAUUCACAAUAUGUCCGGGAGCGACUAAUAUCCAUUGGUAUCCUGCCUUUGAAAAGGAGUGGAAGUCUGCUGUCUAUGUCGCUGUUGGGAUGUUGUUCAUAAUUCCUGCAGCUGUUGCGUACAAGUUCUUGGGGAAGACACGUCCACGUACGAACAGAAAUUUGAAAUGACGUUGUUUCUUAUUAUUUUCAGAGACACACCAAUGAUACUCUUUUCUUGUCUACUUUAUCGCGCAUUCGUGGAAGAUUUAUCAUCAGGAGCUUGUUGACUAGCGGCAGCUUUUGUUAGUUCUACAGACACA